CUGGCAGUAGACAUGGCUGAAUUUACAAGCUACAAGGAAACGGCCUCCAGCCGCCUCCUGCGGUUUAAGUUACAGAGUCUAAGCCGGCGCCUUGAUGAGUUGGAGGAAGCCACAAAAAACCUUCAGAAAGCAGAAGAUGAGCUCCUGGAUCUCCAGGACAAAGUGAUUCAGGCAGAAGGCAGCAACUCCAGCAUGCUGGCUGAGAUCGAAGUGCUGCGUCAGCGGGUGCUGAGAAUUGAGGGCAAAGAUGAAGAAAUUAAGAGAGCAGAGGAUCUGUGCCAGCUGAUGAAGGAGAAACUUGAAGAGGAGGAAAACCUCACCCGGGAGCUGAAAUCUGAGAUUGAGCGGCUUCAGAAACGAAUGGCAGAACUGGAGAAGCUAGAGGAGGCCUUCAGCAGGAGUAAGAAUGACUGCACCCAGCUUUGUUUGAGCCUGAAUGAGGAGAGAAACCUGACCAAGAAAAUCUCCUCAGAGCUGGAAAUGCUCAGGGUCAAAGUGAAAGAACUGGAAUCUUCCGAGGACCGCCUGGAUAAAACUGAGCAGAGCUUAGUGUCAGAGUUAGAAAAGCUGAAAUCAUUAACUCUGAGCUUCGUAAGUGAGAGAAAAUACUUGAGUGAAAAGGAGAAAGAAAACGAGAAAUUAAUAAAGGAGCUCACUCAGAAACUGGAGCAGAACAAAAAAAUGAACCGAGAUCAUACAAGGAAUGCUUCUAAUGACCUACGGAUUGAGGAUGGUAUCUCUUCCACGCUGCCGUCCAAGGAAUCAAGAAGGAAGGGCAGUCUGGACUAUCUGAAGCAGGGAGAGAAUGAAACAAGAAACAAAUCAGAAAAUGAAAAAAACCGAAAUCAGGAAGACAACAAAGUCAAAGACCUUAACCAAGAGAUUGAGAAACUUAAAACACAGAUCAAACAUUUUGAAUCUUUGGAAGAAGAGCUUAAGAAAAUGAGGGCCAAAAAUAAUGACCUUCAGGAUAAUUACCUAAGUGAACAAAAUAAAAACAAACUCUUAGCCAGCCAGCUGGAGGAGAUAAAGCUACAAAUCAAGAAACAGAAAGAGUUAGAAAAUGGAGAAGUAGAAGGGAUAGAUGCUUUUCUAUCCAGCAGAGGCAGGCAUGAGAGGACUAAGCUUCGAGGCCAUGGAGGUGAGGCAUCUGUGUCCAAGCACCCAUCCCGGGAACUGUCCCCUCAGCAUAAGCGGGAAAGGCACCGCAAUAGGGAGUUUGCUUUCAAUAAUGAAAACUACUCUCUGAGCAGCAGGCAGAUGUCCUCUCCCAGUUUCACCACCAGGAGGGCAGCCAAAACUUCCAACAUGGGGGCAGGUACGGACAAUGGGACUCAGGAGACAAAAAGAACUGAUGACCGAUCUGCACCUGGGUCCUCUCAGAGUGAAGGGAAAAAGUCUAGGGAGCAGCCAUCGGUGCUGAGCCGCUACCCCCCAGCUGCCCAGGAGCACAAUAAAGUUUGGAAGGGAGCUCCCAAGCCGGGCACUGAGAGUGGAUUGAAGGGAAAAGUAGAGAAGACAACAAGAACAUUUAGUGACACCACCCAUGGAUCUGUUCCCAGUGACACAGUGGGUAGAGCUGAUAAGGCUUCUGACACCUCUGAGGCCCUCUUUGGCAAGAGGGGGCAGGUGCCUGGCAGUGCAAGUCAGAUAAUGCAGGCUGCAGACUCUGGUAGUUCUAAGGCCACUGGAGCAUUGGCCUCAACGCGAAGAUCCUCCUCAGAGGGGCUCUCCAAGGGCAAAAAGUCUGCCAGCGGCCAGGAGGUUGAUCCCAGUUCCCCAAACUCCAAGGCUCCUGUUUUAUCGAAGUAUCCUUAUAGCUCCAGAAGUCAAGAAAACAUCCUUCAGGGCUUUUCAACCCCAAGUAAAGAAGGAAUUGACCAACCCGUAGCAGUUGUGAUGGAAGAUAGCAGUCAUCAUGAAGCCCUGAGGUGUCGAGUGAUCAAAGCCAGUGGCAGAGAGAAACCAGACUCAGAUGAUGACUUGGAUCUAGCAUCUCUUGUUACCGCCAAGUUGGUAAACACAACCAUCACUCCAGAGCCAGAGCCCAAACAACAGCCCAACUCUAGAGAAAAGGCCAAACCCCGAGGGGGUCUUAGAACCUCUCUGUUUGAGAACGAUAAAGAUGCUGGAACAGAAAGUGAAUAUGUGAAACCUGCCAGAGCCUCCCCCAGUGCUGUGGAGCCCCCAGAUGCCAAUGGUGCUGGGGUAAAGAGCCAAAGGCCCUUUAGUCCCAGAGAGGCCUUGCGGUCCAGAGCCGUUAUCAAACCCAUCAUCAUUGAUAAGGAUGUGAAAAAAAUCAUGGGAGGGUCUGGAACCGAGGCUGCUCUGGAGAAACAGAAAUCCACCUCCAAACAGGGGCCAAACAUAGUGACCAGCAGCAUUACUAUCUACCCCUCUGACAGCAGCAGCCCUAGAGCCACCCCAGGUGAGGCCUUGAGGGAGAGGCACACGUCCACCAGCAACAUCCAGGUUGGGCCACCGGAGCUCAUGUCAGUCAGCAACCAUCUUGGCUCCCCCUUUGAGCUCUCCAUUCACAAACACGACAUCACCCUGCAGCUCACAGAGACUGAAAGAAUGGGAGAAGGGCCCCUGAAGAGCAGGCCAGAAACAGUGGUGUCUCGGAGCAGCAUCAUCAUCAAGCCAUCGGAUCCUGUGGAGAGGAACAGCCACACACACCCCGCGGAGACAAUCAGGUGGAAAAGCCAUAACGCCCCUUCAGAAGGGGCCUCCGCAGAUGCCAGACAUGUUACUGUGCGGAACGCUUGGAAGACUAGGCGAGACUUGAACUCUUUAGAUGACCCCCCAACUCGAAGAGGUAAAAAUGUGGAUUCGAUCAAUGCCUACACCCAGAGGUCUUCCACAGACUUCUCAGAACUUGAACAGCCCCGGUCGUAUCUUUCUGAGCAGGGCAUCCGGAGGGGAGGAAAUUCAGGGGAUGGCCCUGAGCUGUCCUCCAGAAGGACCCAGAGUAGCCUCACCGUGUCUGAGGUACUCACACGUCGGAAUCAGGCAGGAGACACUGUCACAGCGGCAGUCUGGAACCACUCGGUGGCCAUGGAGGACAGUGAAGACUGCACACUCAGUGUCUACAAGCGACUGCACAACUCCCUGGAACGGUCUGAAUUGCCUGCAAAGCAGGGGCUGCCAGAGCCUGGGCGGGUAUGGGCUGAGGACCGGUUACGGCCACCCAGGCCCUGCGCUGAGGAAAACUGAGCCAGCUGGGUGAGGUCUGCUGUCUCUCCUCUGCUCCUGCUUCUCACUCUUACACCUUCCUGCCCCAUGAAGAAUCCAAGGCCAGUUACCCAGGCUAGAUGCAAGGCCUUGGCUGGGAGACUGUGGCAGAGAGCCAGCCCGUGGCACAGGCCGUUUCUGCCAGUUGGCCGGAGAGAAUCAGAGACUACAGCUGGACAAAGCCACCCAGGCCAGCCUCUCCCCGAUGCAUGAGUCUUCGCUCCUCGUUCCACUCCCCCUGGUAGUAUGGACCACUCGAGCCCCCAGAUGGGGAAAAGAGAGAAAUUCUUUGUAUCCGCCACACAACAGCAGCUGAGAGCUCUUCUCUGCUCCCUGGUUUGUUUCUGCCUCGAAGGGCAACUGUUUUCUGUGUAGUUAAUGUUCUAUUUCUCAGCCUCUUCACAGCAUCCCGUUCACUCCUUGUUUGCCGUAAGGGCCUAAGUGUCCACUACCUACCAGCCAUAAGCCCCGUUUGGGGCUUCCAUUGCUUUCCCCCUUGGAGUUCUUUCCCUUAGACUUUUAAAGCAGAGAGGUCUGUGCUGCCUCUAAGGGAUCUGGGACUAUCCUUGAGAGUUAAGUUCCUCUGGCCUGGCCCCCUGGCUGAGCACUGUUCCUUGGGGGGCAGAGCAUGUGGGUUCCCACUGGAAUUACAUCCAUCUCUCCACCCCGGCCCUCUCUGCUCACUUUCCAAAGGCACCCAGACAUGCACAAGCCCGGUGCAUCCCUCCCCCUGGGCACCAAUAUUGCUGCUGGCAUUGCCUGCUGUCUCCUGUGGCUGGAGACUUCAGGCCAAGUUCAUCGUUUCCACCUUGGAAUAUCCCCAGACUAAGCUGGGCCUCACCGAACACUCUGCCUUCUAGGAAGUUCCCAGCAAGGGGAAAAGCAGGAAGAAGCAAUUUCCCUUUAGUCCCUCUGCGAGGAAGAGGUCCAUGGACUAUGAGAACGCUCCCUCCUGUUCCUCCUCCUUUAUCCCCCCAAGAGGAGGUAUUGCACUUUACCAAGCUGAUGCAUUCCUACAGAAGUGGACCCAUGGUCUCUCCAAGUUGGCUCAGGAUGACAGCUGCAUUGGAGGCAAGCUGAUAUGUUCCCACUGAGGGCCCCAGGUCUGCACGAUGCAAUAUGCAGCAAACCUUUCCAAAAGCCAUGUGAAUAAAACUUGAUUUUGUUUCCUUAUUAUACCAGUCACACGGAGAAGUUAAAAAGAACCAUCUAUUCUUGGCUGCUUUUUCUGUAGCAUUUUCUCAGUUCAAAGAAGGAUCCCCCUUCAAAGGCUGCCUUCAUGAAGCAGGCACUGUUGCCUUCAUAGUGGAAGAAAAGAGCAUUAGAUUAGGAGUCAGGAAGCCUGGGUUUUCUUUGUGGCUUUUUGGUUUUUGCUACUUUCUUGCCAUGUGACCUUGGGCAAGUCAUUGUCCUCUUGGGGGGGUCUCAGUUUCCCCAUCUAUAAAAUGAGUUCUUUGAAAUGGAUGAUGUCUAAGGGCACUCUGAGAUGGCUUGUUUUCCACUGUCCCGUGUGGAAUAAUUCUUGCUUUUGGAAGGUGUCUCCCCUCCAACCCCUUCCAUCGUUUUUCUGGGCCUUACUCUUUCCAGUUGUCCCAGGUUUUAAUCCCAUGGGGAUGAGCUCAGAGAAGCUCCCUUGGCCUCAGUUUCCCAGUCUGUGAAAUGAAGGGGUUAGCGUAGAUGGCCUCUGAGGCGCUCUGUGACACUAACUUUGCCCAAUGCCAUGCAGUGCUUCUUGGCCCUUAGGCCAGGGUGCUUUCCAUAACACAGGCUGUGUAUACCCUGUUCCUGUGCCUCCUCUAUGACAGGCUGUGUGUCUCCGGUUCCUGUGCCUGCCCUAUGACAGGCUGUGUCUCUGGUUCCUGUGCCUCCCCUGACAGGCUGUGUCCCCGGUUCCUGUGCCUCCCCUGUGAGUUGCCUGGCAAGCGGUCGGCCUCUUGUCAUCUCUGCCUCCAGUCAGUGUGGGCCCAGCACCCAACCAGCCUUCAUUUGCAUUAGCUUGUGCAAUCCCAUAGGAGGCAUGAGCAGUACCUGCCUGCCUUCAGGGAACAGGAAUGCCUUGCUCAUACUUCCCUUUGAGAUUUGCUGAUCUAAGGGCAUCGUCAUGUGCUCGCCUUUCCUCUCCACAUCCCUGCCUCAAAUGCUCAACUUAAGAUGCUGUUUUCAAGAUCUUUUCCUGCUGCUUCUGACCUGGGUCACUGGCCAGAAACUAACAGGCUCAGGGUUGCAGCCUCCUUGCCAUUCUCCUUCACUGGUUGGCAACCCUGAGGGUCCAGUGGAAACUGACCUCUGAGGUGGUCAGCUGAGGAUAUAGGAAUCCAAGUGUUUGGCUCUUCUUUGGUGGUGGAAAUGGAAGGGCGCCAAGCCAUGCCCCGAAAGAUCUCACCAAUAAUUACCGUCUUUGGGCCUUGGAGCCCUGGAUUCUGGUGCUGUAGCUCCUGGUGCCAAAGUCUGGAUCUUUCCUCGUUUCAGGAGCACCAAUGUCUGCCACUACCCACAGUGCUCUGUGGAAGAGAGACAGCUGUGGUACCCUCCUGCUGGGGCUGCCAUCUUGAAAUCUGAGUGCAAUAGAGUUUGAUUGUAACCAUUACUUCAGGAUAAGUAUUUGUUUCCUUAAUCUGCACACUUUCUAGAACCGCUGUAAAAUAGAUUUUAUUUUUAAAUGUUCUCAGCAUUGCAGAAAAUACCAUUUGUAACAGCAAGUGAAGGCUGGAGGCUUAGUUCCUCUGGGCUUCACAUGGCUGGCUGGCCAGGCUGGCUCUCAGAUUCCAAAGUUAGAAGGCACAUGUCUGAAAAGCAACCAAGGUGUGACUGUUUGGACCCAGGCCUCACCAUCAGGGGCCCUGGAGGAAACCUCCAAAUAGAGAGACCUGGUAGAUGAAUAGUUGUCUUAAUCAAGCCAAAUAUGUCCGCUGUUACAGCCAACAAACCCACUUUGAUGACAAGUCUCUUGCAGCCUGACUCUGAAUUCACAGACAGGUGUGCGGUCGUGGGAAGGCUUCUGGUGAGUUGGGGAACCUAGCGUUACAGAGCUGCUGGGUUGGUGGACAUGGAGUUGGCUGAAUGCUGGGAGCUGGUCUCUUCCAUCUGCUGCUGCCUGUCUCUCUCCACUCUGAUACUGAAAACAACCAGAGAAAGCUGCAGGGGUGAUGGACAAAGAAGCUGUGGCUGUUUUUGUUUGAGUGGUGAUGAAACAGCUAUCGUGUGGGUUAAAGGGCUUUGCAGUGAGGCCAAGAACCACCAACUUUGGCUGCAGGCAAGCUUGCACAUAAAUCAUCCCCUCCCAUGGGGUGUGGGGCCUAUAUUGGUCUUGGACUUGUCGUCCUGGGGCAGUUUUAGUUCUUUAUAUUUAAUGCAUCAGUGCCAAGUGCUACCAUUUCCCAGUAAAGGACUAGGGACCCAGAGGCUGGGUUCCCGGCUGUCUUUGCUGGGGUGGGUUUUUUUGUUACCCCGACAGGACUGCUUUCGAAGAGCUGCUUUUAGGAAUUAUCCUUUGAACACCCCAGGGUGGGGAACAGGGUUCUCCUCAGAGCCUCACAACCAAGAUCAUAGGAAAGGGGCCCUUAUUUUCCUGCUGCUUCACAGCUCAGAACAUGUAUUGAAUGGAAUGUAUUUUUAAGAGAAUAAAGUCUAUUUUUUUGUAUUUUAAA